CUGUGUUUUGCGUCUGUCUUUAACAGGAAACAGGAUAAAUGCAUUCUUGUUGUAAAGUGUAUUUACGUAGGUUUUUCCUUGCUGAAGAUGAAAGGAUAGGCUCGUAUUCCAGAGGAUUUACGGUAAGUGUCCCUCUAGAGUGCUAAGGAGACAGGGAUGCAGUGAAUGAGAGAGAGCGAGAGAGAGAGAGAGUGCAGAGAUGCUGCAGACCCACUUCUGCCCUUGUUUUGUCUCAUCCGCUUAUAGAGGCACUUAGUGCAUUUCCUCUGGUCUCCUCUCCUGCAGCUCUUCUUUGGGGCAGGAAAUGCACUUAUUCUUUUGUGUCAAAUUUAAUUUAUGUGCAUAAUUUAUUGGAUGCUGAUGUUCUGCAGGAGUGCCUGGACUGGAACGUGGGACUGUGUACAUAGAUCAGUUGUACUAAAGCUCUGAAUGAGAGUUAAACGACCUAGUCUCUUCUAGCUCCAUCUCAGCAUUUGAUUCUGGCUGUCUCUGAUUAUCAUGCUGAAGAAGAGGAACCCUGAGGUGCUGAUGGACCGGGAGGUUCUGCUGGAUCUGGACUACAGCGGCGAGACUCGUGGUCCAGACAGUUAUGGAAGCCUGCAAAAUGGGGGCUUCAUCCCUCCCAGAUAUUUGAAUACUGCGGGUAAUGAUGAGGAUGAUGACCCCAUAUAUGUUCACUGUGAGCGGACCUCAAGCCCACCUGUUCACCCCUCAGGCAACUACUUCAGAGACGGCCAAACAAAAAUAGACUUCGUGCUGGUGUGGGAGGUGAAGGUGCGUCGCAAGCGUCGAAGUCGGGGACAGUCGCAAGGAGAGGCUGCAGAGGAGGCAGUAGAAGCAGCACAGGAGGAGAGCAGGUCAGAGAGAAGGAAAGCUCAGCUGGCCCGAUGGAGGGACAAAUUCAUCCAAAACCUCCAGAGUGCUGGACUGUUGAUGGAAAAGGAGGAAUCAUCCAGUGUAAAAAAGACUAUACACUAUCUGAAGCUCCAUGCUCCAUGGGAUGUGUUAGUGUACUACGCUGAGGAGUUAUGUCUUAGAGCACCUCUGCAGGCACAGCCGCACCCAGACUUCAACACUUCUGCUCGAGUUCUUCAGAAGCUCUGGGUGCCGAACAUCAUGAAAGACUCAGUCCCCAACCGUCCUGUGGACUACUACACAUGUGCCUUCCGCAAGUCCAAAAUGGAAAAGUUUCUGGGCUCUGAUGACCGUGAAAAUUACUUCACCAACACACAAAGACACCGCAUUGUAUAUGAAAUCUUAGCAAGGACCGUGUAUGGCAGGAGGAAGCGUGCAGAAGUUGGAGUUGCUCGUCUUCUGAAUGAGGGGGCUUUUACGGGUGCAUUCCCUCUGCAUGAGGGCCCAUUUGAGCUCCCAGGUUGUGACAUGCAGCCCGAUCAGUUGAACAAGAGGCAGGUACUGUACCACUAUUGGUCCAACUGGUUAAAAUGGUAUAAGUACCAGCCUCUAGAUCACAUUCGUGAAUACUUUGGAGAGAAGAUUGCGUUUUAUUUUGCAUGGUUGGGAUUUUACACAGCCUGGCUUUUGCCUGCUGCAUUGGUUGGGACGUGCGUCUUUGUUUCGGGUAUUUUGACAAUGGGAUCCAAUACCCCAGCGAAGGAAAUCUGCGAGAGUGGAGGACUUUAUCUAAUGUGUCCUCUGUGUGAAACCUGCAAACCUUGGAAUAUGUCAGACAUCUGUCCCAUGGCCAAGGUGGGCUAUCUGUUUGAUCAUCCCGGCACUGUCUUCUUCAGUGUGUUCAUGUCUUUGUGGGCCGUCACGUUCCUGGAAUACUGGAAACGCAAGAAUGCCACUCUCGCUCACCACUGGGACUGCAUGAAUUUCCACGAAGAGGAGGAACCACCACGUCCUGAGUUUGUUGCCAUGGCCCCUGCAAUGGAGGAAAACCCAGUGACAGGAGUAAAGGAACCCUACUUUCCAGAAAAAGCCCGGAUUUCACGCAUGGUGACCGGCUCUAUGGUCAUUGUUAUAAUGCUGUGUGUAGUGAUGAUCUUCUUGGUCACAGUGAUCAUAUACCGCAGUAUAGUGAGUGUAAUGAUGUUUGAAACUGGGAGUUCCGUUCUGCGUACUCAGGCUGGGAAUAUUGCCAAUAUCUCCAGCAGUUUGGUGAACCUGGCUUUGAUCUUGCUGAUGGGGCAGGUCUACACAGCCCUGGCAGAACAGCUCACUAAAUGGGAAAUGCACAGAACACAGACACAAUAUGAAGAUGCCUUUACAUUCAAAGUCUUCAUCUUCCAGUUUGUCAACUUUUACUCGUCGCCCUUCUAUGUAGCCUUCUUCAAGGGCAGAUUUGUGGGCUAUCCUGGUCAUUAUGGCACUCUGUUUGGGAUGCGGAAUGAGGAUUGCGGACCAGGAGGUUGUCUGAUAGAACUGGCUGAGCAGCUCUGCAUCAUCAUGGUGGGAAAACAACUUAUCAACAACGUUCAGGAGUUUGUCAUCCCUAAAAUAAAGGCUUGGAGACAGAAGCGGGCCUUAUCAUCUGUCAAAAAGGCCCAGAAGGCAGAGGAGCCCAAGCGCUGGGCGCAGGACUAUGAGCUGAUUCCAUGUGAGGGGCUUUUUGACGAGUAUCUGGAGAUUGUCCUGCAGUUUGGCUUCAUCACCAUUUUUGUGGCGGCCUUUCCUCUGGCUCCUCUCUUCGCCCUGCUGAAUAACUGGGUGGAAGUGAGGCUGGACGCUUAUAAGUUUGUGUGUGAAUACCGGAGACCCGUGGCAGAGCGAGCCCAGCACAUCGGUGUGUGGUUCAUCAUACUGGAGGCGCUGUCCCACGUGUCCGUCAUAGUCAAUGCUUUCCUCAUUGCAUUUACCUCAGAUUUUUUGCCUCGCCUGUUAUACCAGUACAAGUUUAACAAUGACUUGCAUGGUUAUGUCAACUUCACGCUGGCUUACUCUCCACCCAGUUAUAACUACUCCAGUUAUACUGUGUGCAGAUAUAAAGCAUUUCGGGAUGAAAAUGGAAAAUACACGCUGGUGUAUUGGGAGCUUCUGGCUGUAAGACUGGGCUUUAUCAUCGCCUUUGAGCAUGUGGUGUUCUUCGUCCUGCGUGCCAUCGACUGGAUGGUUCCCGACAUCCCUGAGUCUUUGGAGCUGAAGAUCAAGCGGGAGCGUUACCUGGCUAAGCAGGCUUUGGCUGAUAACCAGGAGGCCCUGCUGCAAGCGAAGCGCCUCACUACAUGAGACUGACGUGCAGGGCAGGGGCUUCUCCAGAAGGGGGCGUAGUCGCUAAGAAAACACUUUACUCCCUUAGAAGUGAUCCAAGAUGGACUUGUUUUGAAAAAAAAAAAAUGCACUUGGACUGAAGCUUGGCAUGGUUUUGUGCUGGUUGAUUGAGUGUGUGUGAGCAUGCAUUUCAAAAUGUAGAGGUCUAUGCCAAAAUUGUACUCUACCACCUCUACUUUAACAAACGGCUGUUUACAUAUGACUUCCUCUGGCUCCAACUAUAUUAAGACAUGUGAUCACCUACACAUCUCACUCUCCCUGCCCUUCCGAUAAAUGAUAUAUUCCUGUUCGGAUUUAGUGGGAGGACAGGGAGGUUUGCUUUUCUACAUUAAUACUAAAGUAUAUAUUUGUACUACUGCCAAAAUGAAAAUUGUGAAAGACAUCAAGAAGCCUACUCUACAUUGUGUUAGUGUGAAAUGCUUCUCUGAAUAAUACCUUAAUAUAUUUACAUUUGUCAUGUCUAUCUCCGGGCUGUUUAAGGAAUUAUGUUUUAAAAUAAAGCUAGUUUCAAUAACCGUUCAAAAACCAUUGAAGUGUUUACAUGCUGGAGGACAGGAUUUAAAAAGAUAGUUCAGCCAAAAGUUAAAAACUCAUGUCAUUGCAAAUAAAUAUGACUUUCUUUGUUCCGUGGAACACAAAAGGAGAUGUGUUGACUAAUGUUAACACUAGUCUCUUUUGAAUAAUGAAAGUUGUUGAUGAUCAGGGGAUGUAAAGCUUCAAAUAAGCACUGUAAAGAAGACCUGUGCAUUAUAUUCCAUAUCUUUUGAAUAGGGCUGCAUUAUUUGGGCAAAAAAUGCAAUUGCAAUUUAUUUCUGAUUAAAAAAUAAAUAAUUGCAAACAUUUUAAAAUAAUUAUAAUCGCAACCUUUAAAAGAAAAAAAAAAAGCUCAAGGUUUGCUGUGCUUGUGUAGGACAAUUUGGCAAAAAAAACAAUUAUCAAUUUG